CCUCUUGAAUCCAGCUCGGCGGCGCUCUACCGCACUUCGAGCGCCUGCUCUUCCCUAGCCAAUCGGAUUAAAGGUCGUCUUUGAUCCCGCCUCUUUUGGCCGCAUCAGCCAAUCAGACCACACUAUGAAGAGUCAGCGCGGAAAAGGCAAAGCCAGCCGGCCCAAUGGAAGCGUCCCAGGAAUGUAGGCUCCGCCUCUCGGUGGACCGGCCUCCUCCGCACGGGAAGGAGCGGCAGCGCUUCAAGAUGCGCUGCCUGAGCACGCCCAUGCUGCUGCGGGCCCUGGCCCAGGCCCAGGCUGCACAUGCAGGACAUCCCAGCGCCCGGACCCUCCACAGCAGCGCGGUCGCAGCCACCUACAAGUUUGUGAACAUGCGUGAGCCCUCGAUGGACAUGAAGUCGGUGACUGACCGGGCAGCCCAGACCCUGCUGUGGACCGAGCUUGUCCGAGGCCUGGGCAUGACCCUGAGCUACUUGUUCCGGGAGCCGGCCACCAUCAACUACCCAUUUGAGAAGGGCCCGCUGAGCCCGCGCUUCCGCGGGGAGCACGCGCUGCGCCGGUACCCAUCCGGGGAGGAGCGUUGCAUCGCCUGCAAGCUUUGCGAGGCCGUCUGCCCUGCCCAGGCCAUCACCAUCGAGGCCGAGCCGAGGGCCGACGGCAGCCGCCGGACCACGCGCUAUGACAUCGACAUGACCAAGUGCAUCUACUGCGGCUUCUGCCAGGAGGCCUGCCCCGUGGACGCCAUCGUCGAGGGCCCCAACUUCGAGUUCUCCACGGAGACGCACGAAGAGCUGCUGUACAACAAGGAGAAGCUUCUUAACAACGGGGACAAGUGGGAGGCCGAGAUCGCCGCCAACAUCCAGGCCGAUUACCUCUACCGGUGACUUGCCCGCCCGGCGGGCCCGCAGCCCCUCGUGCCCAAUAAAAAAGCUCUGACCUGGGA